CUUACUUUAGAAACCAUAUUCACCUUUGCUUUGUUGGCAACAAGCUUGAAGAAUGACAUUAUCCUCACACAGCCAACCACGCACGAUGUCCACGAGCCUCCAAUGUUCCUUCCUCCAAGUAUUGUCACAUUCCUGAGUAGUGCUUGUGUGCUGUCGUCAGAAUCUCUUAGGAUGUGUUGA